AUGCCUCCCCGUGCUAGCCAGAAGAAAACAAAGCAUAAAGCUGUGGAUUCUGAUGGUCAAGCAAACUCUGCAAAGAAGUCGUGUGUGGGGGCCCAGGCAUCUGUGGUGUUUCAGGAGCCAAUUCUUGCAGAAAAACCGUCAGCUCGACAUUCUGGGCAUCCUGGGGCAGGAAAAGGAGGUAGGGCAGAGCAGCUGGAAAAAAUUGGUGCUCUCUUGGAUGCCUCCACACGGACUACUCAGCCCAAGGGCUCCACCUCCCUUGACUUAGAUGUACCAACCAAUCCUCUUGCACCCGAACCGUCUCAUAAGGGUCGUGGCAGUCACUCAAAGGCAAGUCUGUUUUUAUUGAUCUUAGAUGCUAAUGUUGAAUACAGACAGAAACCUCCUCCACCAUAUACCAUCUCAGAAACAGUGGUCGAUCCUGCAACUUCUAAAACAGGGAGGAAGAAAGUUACCAGUAAAGUGACAAAGAACGCUCUCACUCCUACUACUGACGCGGAUGCAUCGAAUACGCAACCCACCUUUUCUCACCGCCAACCUGGUGGCUGGUUCAGCUUUGUGCAGUCUAUCAUCCCUCCCGGCACAGAGCCCAACUUGCAAGCACUUAAUAACCCCUUUGUAGCGGCCGCUAGGGAAAAACAUGCUCUGUCAGUUUCCUUGGAUCCCAACAGGUGUCUUCUUCCCACUGCCACCUCCAAAAACAAUGAUUUGGCACAACCAGCACCUUCAAAAUCCAGGUCAAGUAUGCAACCUAACACUACAUUCUACAAGAACCUGGACACUGCUCUAUUGUCAGCUGGAGAUGUACAUUUGGGAGCUGGACAUACCGGAUCCAAAAGUUCAGAGGCAUCUACUGACAAUGAUGAUGAUGGAGGUCACGCUGAUGACGAUGAAGAGGAGGAUGAGGAUGAGGAAGAGGAAGAAGGCGAUGUCAAAGGCCAGGAGGUCAGAUGGGGAGCAGCACAUGGGCGCCUUACUGCACAUCCUGGUUUUUCAAAGGAAGUUGAGCCUUCACAACCUUGGGUCACCACUGCUCUUCCAACUGAUUUUGAAUUUCAACACUCACGCAACGAGGAUGAUAACAUGGCUGAGAAGAAUUUAGCAGCUGGCAUGUCCAGUGACGAUGACAAUAUGAUCCAGCCCACAGAGACUAUUCCUGAUGAUGCUGAGACCAAACCUCCCAAUUCCAAGCCGAGUGAUACAAAUACCAAAGCUCGUAAGGUAUCAGCCAAGAUAACAGGUGAAGGUCCUAAGGCUAUGCAGCUGGGAACCAUCCCUGAGAAUCUUACAGCUUCACUUGUACAAUGGCUCGAAAGCGGCCAACAAGUCGAAGGCAAUAUUUGGCCUGAUUACAAGCCUGAAAUGGCCAAGCUGCUGUUUGAAGAUCUAUUGACAUGGUGCUCAGACCUCAAGAAAAUCGCCAUCAGUAUCACACCCUCUAUGGCGCAGUCCUUCAAGGUUGACGGCAAUGAUGUUUCAAAGCAUCAUCAUCUACAGGUUCUGCUUGAUUAA